AUGAGGAGACUGAGUUUGUGGUGGCUGCUAAGCAGGGUCUGUCUGCUGCUGCCGCCGCCCUGCGCGCUGGUGCUGGCCGGGGUACCCGGCUCCUCCUCGCACCCGCAGCCCUGCCAGAUCCUCAAGCGCAUCGGGCACGCGGUGAGGGUGGGCGCCGUUCACUUGCAGCCCUGGACCACAGCCCCACGCCUAACUAGCCGCACUCUGGACGGCAACAGGGCAGGUGCCCAGAGGGAUGAGCCAGAGCCAGGGACUUGGCGGCCGCCGGCGCCCUCGCAGGGCGCACGCUGGUUGGGGAGCACUUUGCAUGGCCGGGGACCGCCGAGCGCCCGAAAGCCAGGGGAGGGCGCCGGGGCAGAGACCCUGUGGCCGCGGGACGCCCUCCUGUUCGCCGUGGACAACCUGAACCGCGUGGAAGGUCUGCUGCCCUACAACCUGUCUUUGGAAGUAGUGAUGGCCAUCGAGGCGGGCCUGGGCGAUCUGCCGCUUUUGCCCUUCUCCUCCCCUAGCUCGCCAUGGAGCAGUGACCCUUUCUCCUUUCUGCAGAGCGUGUGCCACACUGUGGUGGUGCAAGGGGUAUCAGCGCUGCUGGCCUUUCCCCAGAGCCAGGGCGAGAUGAUGGAGCUCGACUUGGUCAGCUCCGUCCUGCACAUUCCAGUGAUCAGCAUCGUCCGCCACGAGUUUCCACGGGAGAGUCAGAAUCCCCUUCACCUACAACUGAGUUUAGAAAAUUCAUUAAGUUCUGAUGCUGAUGUCACUGUCUCAAUCCUGACCAUGAACAACUGGUACAAUUUUAGCUUGUUGCUGUGCCAGGAAGACUGGAACAUCACUGACUUCCUCCUCCUCACCCAGAACAAUUCCAAGUUCCACCUCGGGUCUAUCAUCAACAUCACGGCUAACCUCUCCUCCACCAAGGACCUCUUGAGCUUCCUGCAGGUCCAACUCGAGAGCAUUAAGAACAGCACACCCACCAUGGUGAUGUUUGGCUGCGACAUGGAGAGUAUCCGGCAGAUAUUUGAAAUUACCACCCAGUUCGGGGUAACACCCCUUGAGCUUCAUUGGGUGCUGGGAGAUUCCCAGAAUGUGGAGGAACUGAGGACAGAAGGUCUACCCUUAGGGCUCAUUGCUCAUGGAAAAACUACACAAUCAGUGUUUGAGCACUACGUGCAAGAUGCCAUGGAACUGGUCGCCAGAGCAGUAGCCACCGCCACCAUGAUCCAGCCAGAACUUGCUCUCCUUCCCAGCACGAUGAACUGCAUGGAAGUGAAAACUACAAAUCUCACUUCAGGACAAUAUUUAUCAAGGUUUCUAGCCAACACCACGUUCAGAGGCCUCAGUGGUUCCAUCAAAGUAAAAGGUUCCACCAUCAUCAGCUCAGAAAACAACUUUUUCAUCUGGAAUCUGCAACAUGACCCUAUGGAAAAGCCAAUGUGGACCCGCUUGGGCAGCUGGCAGGGCGGGAAGAUUGUCAUGGACUAUGGAAUAUGGCCAGAACAGGCCCARAGGCAUAAAACCCACUUCCAGCACCCAAGUAAGCUACACUUAAGAGUGGUUACCCUGAUUGAACACCCAUUUGUCUUCACAAGGGAAGUAGAUGAUGAAGGCUUGUGCCCUGCUGGCCAACUCUGUCUAGACCCUAUGACUAAUGACUCCUCCUUAUUGGACAGCCUAUUUAGUAGCCUCCAUAGCAGUAAUGAUACAGUGCCAAUCAAAUUCAAGAAGUGUUGCUAUGGAUAUUGCAUUGAUCUGCUGGAAAAGCUAGCAGAAGACAUGAACUUUGACUUUGACCUCUAUAUUGUUGGGGAUGGRAAGUAUGGAGCUUGGAAAAAUGGGCACUGGACUGGGCUGGUGGGUGAUCUCUUGAGUGGGACUGCCCACAUGGCGGUCACUUCCUUCAGCAUCAACACUGCACGGAGCCAGGUGAUUGAUUUCACUAGCCCUUUCUUCUCCACCAGCUUGGGCAUUUUAGUGAGGACCCGAGAUACAGCAGCUCCCAUUGGAGCCUUCAUGUGGCCACUCCACUGGACUAUGUGGCUGGGGAUUUUUGUGGCUCUGCAUAUCACUGCCAUCUUUCUCACUCUGUAUGAAUGGAAAAGUCCAUUUGGUAUGACUCCCAAGGGGCGGAACAGAAAUAAAGUCUUCUCCUUCUCAUCAGCCUUGAAUGUCUGUUAUGCCCUCUUGUUUGGUAGAACAGCAGCCAUCAAACCCCCAAAAUGCUGGACUGGAAGAUUUCUAAUGAACCUUUGGGCCAUUUUCUGUAUGUUUUGCCUUUCUACGUAUACAGCAAACUUGGCUGCCGUCAUGGUAGGUGAGAAGAUCUAUGAAGAGCUUUCUGGAAUACAUGACCCUAAGCUGCACCAUCCGUCCCAAGGCUUCCGGUUUGGAACUGUCCGGGAGAGCAGUGCUGAAGAUUAUGUGAGGCAAAGCUUCCCAGAGAUGCAUGAGUAUAUGAGGAGGUACAAUGUUCCAGCCACGCCUGAUGGAGUGCAGUACCUCAAGAAUGAUCCAGAGAAACUAGACGCCUUCAUCAUGGACAAAGCCCUUCUGGAUUAUGAAGUGUCAAUAGAUGCUGACUGUAAACUUCUAACCGUGGGGAAGCCGUUUGCCAUAGAAGGAUAUGGCAUUGGUCUUCCACCCAACUCUCCACUGACCUCCAAUAUAUCUGAGCUAAUCAGCCAAUAUAAGUCACAUGGGUUUAUGGACGUGCUGCAUGACAAGUGGUACAAGAUGGUUCCCUGUGGCAAGAGAACUUUCGCUGUCACUGAGACUUUGCAAAUGGGCAUCAAACAUUUCUCUGGACUCUUCGUGCUGCUGUGCAUUGGAUUUGGUCUGUCCAUCUUGACAACCAUUGGAGAGCACAUAGUGUACAGGCUGCUGUUACCACGAAUCAAAAACAAAUCCAAACUGCAAUAUUGGCUGCACACCAGUCAGAGAUUUCAUCGAGCAUUAAACACAUCAUUUGUAGAAGAAAAGCAACAGCGCUUCAAGACCAAACGCGUGGAAAAGAGCAGGGGAAGAGCACUGGAAGGCUGCAUAAUGGAAGUUGAAUUUGAACUGUCUUUGCUUCCUAGGUCCAACACAGGACCCCAUCAACUCAUGGUGUGGAAUACUUCCAAUAUGAGUCAUGACAACCAACGAAAAUACAUCUUUAGUGAUGAGGGAGGACAAAACCAGCUGGGCAUUCRGACCCACCAAGACAUCCCUCUCCCUCCAAGGAGAAGAGAGCUCCCUGCCUCACUGACCACCAAUGGGAAAGCCGACAACCUCAACGUAGCUCGGAAUUCAGUGAUGCAGGAACUCUCAGAGCUGGAGAAGCAGAUUCAGGUGAUCCGCCAGGAGCUACAGUUGGCUGUGAGCAGAAAAACGGAGCUGGAAGAGUAUCAAAGGACAAAUCGGACUUGUGAGUCCUAG